UAGACGUGAGUCGUGAUCCCUCAUUCCCUCUCUCUCUCUCUCUCUCUCUGUGUGAAAAUGGCAUAUAGAAGAAGGCAGCUGGGGAUCACUAGGUCUUCGACAUUCAAAGAGGAGAUUCAUUACCCUCCGGCCGAUGAUGAGACCAAGUCUUCUUCGUCUUCGUCGUCAUCGUCAUCUCUGGCCGCUCAGGCCAUCCGAGCCUCCGCUGCCCAUCGCGAUUCGUCUUCUCUCUCCUCCGCUUACGGCGACUCCGUUUUUCACUCCUCUUUCAGAGAAAGACCCAAGGACUCUUCUGCCUAUUACACAUCAUUGAAAGGUUCAAACGAAUCCAAAGGAUUUUGGGGUGUUCUAGCUGAGAAAGCUAAAGCAAUUCUCGAGGAUGAUGAUGCCAUUCAACAAUUUGAAUCACCUAGAAUGAGGCUGCAGACUCUCAAUACUUCUACAGGUGGCCAGCCAUAUCAAUCAUUUGAGAGCUCCAGAAAAGUGGACAAUCCUAGAUUCCAAAAGGGCUUGGAUGCACUCACAAAUUCACUUAAUCAAGUUGGUGACUCCAUCGGAAAUGCAUUGGAGGAAGGACGCACUAUUGUGGAGACUAAAACUGCUGACAUCAUGAAUGAAACCCGCAAGUUGCAAAUUAGGAGAAGAGGAGGGGGUUCUGAGGAACAGAAUCAGGUCUCUGGUGGUGCAUAUAAUCCGUGGCACCAGCAACUUUCAGUGCAAUUCACACAACCACAGAUGCAAACCAAUCAACAAAGUCAGCUCAAGGCAUCUCGCGACGUAGCAAUGGCAACAGCUGCCAAAGCAAAACUUCUUCUCCGGGAACUAAAAACCGUCAAAGCAGAUCUGGCUUUUGCAAAGGAACGAUCUGCUCAGCUGGAGGAAGAAAAUGGAAUCCUUCGAGAGGCUUGUGAGAAAGGAGACAACCCUGCAGAUGACGAAAUGAUACGCCUUCAGCUCGAGACCCUUUUGGCUGAGAAGGCUCGUUUGGCGCAUGAGAAUUCAGUAUAUUCUCGUGAGAACCGCCUCUUGAGAGAAAUUGUGGAAUACCACCAACUCACCAUGCAAGAUGUUGUCUAUUUGGAUGAGGGCAUUGAAGAGGUUACAGAAGUUUAUCCCAUCCCUGCCAUCUCUAGGAUGCUCUCAGUUUCUCCACCCUCACCUUCGUCCCCAUGCUCUCCUAAGAUUGCCCCAUCUACUAACCUUCCUUCAAAGAAGGAAACUAUUCCUCAAGCGAAAACUGAUAUUCCUCGGUCUGAGGCAUCACUGAGUUCCAGUACAAGUUCUGCAGCACAAGAUUCAAUGAGACGCUCAAAUGCUUCUUCCUAAUUAUAUUUAGCUAUUUUUUCUUUUCAUCGAAGGUUCAUGUAAAUUAGUCCAUUUUUUUGUUCCUUUCUUUUCAAUUUUGGGAGAUGGAGAGGAGAGGAGAGGAGAGGUGAGGGUCGGCAAUCUUUUUUCCUGCUAUUUUCUCUACCUUUUUUUUUUCCUCUGUUCUUUUCCUUUUUUCUUUUUUUUCUUUUCUGUAACUGUGUAGCUGAGCUUUCUGGUUUUGUUAUUAAACAACCACAGAAAGCUCAUUUUCCUCUUGAUUUCCUCUUGCUUUUGUUAUUAAAUUGCAGUUCUCCUAGCUUCCAAGAU